ACCGUGACCUCCCCUUUGUACUGUGUAAUAUAAAAGUCAGUCAGGUUUGCAGAUGACACAGAUACUGUUGAGUUUUCACUGACAGAAUGGAGAUCAUGGUGUUUUUCUCGCUGUUGCUUCUGGUCUGCUCUGUUUCCACAAAUCAGACAGAGGCAGAUAAUGAAAUUGUUGAGCAGCAGAUUUCAAACCAACAACCCUGUCCACAGGACAUCCAUGCUGUGCUCAGAGAGAUGGCAGUCUCACUGGCUGAACAGAAAGUGAGGAUGGCAUUCCUGGAAAAAGAGAAUCAAGCCCAGGUAGCAAAGCUGAAGACUGAGAUUAAGCAGUUGAAACUACAGUUCAAAGAACAAGAAGCAAAGCUGGAGACUGAGAUUGACCAACUGGAGCUGCAGUGCAAAGUCAAACAGGUGGCUUUCUCAGCCUCUCUGCUGGAUCAAGGUGGCCUAUUUAUUGGACCCUUUAACACUCAGAUUACUCUGAUCUUCAAACGUGUUGUCACAAAUAUUGGAAAUGCCUACAACCCACACACAGGUAUUUUCACUGCACCAGUGAGAGGAGUCUACCACUUUGAAUUUCACAUAUUUGGACACGGCGGCACUCCUGUAGGUGCUUAUAUGUUCAGAAAUGGAGAUAAAAUUUUUAUUGCAUAUGAACAUUCAACAUCUGGAGAACUGAGCGCCUCUAAUGGAGCCUCACUGCUUCUAGAGGCUGGAGAUCAGGUGUCUGUACGUCUACUGACUGGUAGAAGGAUAUAUGACAAUCAAGCUCAUCAUACCACCUUCAGUGGUCAUCUGAUUUUCACCAUGUGAGAGGUGUGACAACUCCAACACUUCCUGUGUGGGCGGAGCUUAGCCAUCUUUAGAAGUAAACAGGAAGUAAAUCACCUGCUGGUUUUGUGUUUAUUUGUUUCUACUUCUCCUCUGAUUCUACUGACGCAGAUAAUUUACUUCUUCUUCUUAUCAUUGAUUCAAAUAAAUCCAGUUAAAUGCUCAGUGAUUCUCUUCUCUUUGUCCUUUCUUUGUGUCGGCUCUUCAUAAAGUGCUGCUCCUCCAUCAGGUCAUGACUAUUUUCUAUAAGUUGGUAAACUGCAUUAUUCUUUAUUGGCUCCACUGUCCUGUGUUGGUCAGUCUGUUAUUUUGGUGACUGCUGGCCCACAUGUUUGCUUUUAACUGGAGUCUUUCCUGUUAAGUUGAGCAAAAUCCAACAGUUCCUCUUUUUUCUCUUCUUUGAUAAUCAUGCAGGUAUUUUUCUUAAACACUUAACA